CGCUCACGCUGACGGUCAACACGUAAUUGAGCCAUGGAAGGGAGAACUCCCAUCGCGCUCCGCUCAGGACCAUCGUCCGCGCCGUACGAGGCCAUGGCCGCCUCACAGCAGGCCCACAUUGACGACCUCGUGCAGAAGAACCGCACACUCGAGGCGCUCUCUAAGAAACAACAAGCUGCCCUUAGGCGCGAAGAGGAGCGCAGUACCAUCGCAAUGCAGGAAAUUACCGCGCAAUGGCAUGCAGAGCGCGCAGAGUGGCGCGCGGGAUGCGACACCGUGCAGGCGUUCCACCGUAUCGCGCACCUGCGGACGGCGAUAGAACUCGGACGCGACCGGACAGGCGCGCUGAAGGCAGAGGAUGAGAUUCGGGCGUGCAAGGUCGCGUUGGCGCGGAGGGACGUGAGCAUUGUGCGGUUUCAAAGCCGGGAGCGGGAGCUAGAGACUCGGAUUGAGGAACUGGAGGACCAGCUCGCGGAGGCAGAGGAGGAGGUGGAGCGCCUGAGGAAUGAGGGUGUAGGGGAGCUUGGGGAGCUGCAGACACAGCUAGAGGAGGUCACCGCCGAUUUGGACGCGUCAGUGACUGAGUUGGCGCAGACGAAGCAGGCACUGGAGGAGCUCGAGGACAAAUACACGUCCCUACGAGAGACGUACCACGCGCUGAAGUCCACAUCCGAGUCCUCCACCUCCAAAGUUGAGCGUAUCCAACUUCAGCUGGCCGGCGCGCAGACCACUAUCUCCGACCUUACCAAAGUCAAUCAAGAACUCACCACGCGUAACACCGAGCUCAAACGUCAGGUCAAGGAAUGGGAAACAAUAGGAGGAAAAGACGAGGCUGAGGUCGAUAAAGAGCGGAAACGGCGUCUCGAGUUUGAGAUGCAGGUAAAGGAACUCGAGGAGAAACUGGCCGAAUUGGAAAGCAGCGAUAGGCAGGGUGGCAAAACGGAGGAGAAGCUGAGGAAGAAGGUUGAGAGGUACAAAGUCGCCUUCGAGGAACAAAUGGCGAACACGGAAGCGGCCAACGCCGAAGUUGCGCGUACGCGCGAUGAAGCUGAACGACUCGCAGAUGAGCUUGACGCAGCUCACAGGCUCAUCGACGACUUAAAGGCGCGAGCUGAUCCUGCAGAAAAGCUCGGCAAAGGGAAACAGCGGGAACGAGCGCGCUCACCACCCGUCGACGAGCUUCUGGAGCAAGAAGAAGUGGAAGAGCCGCCGGAGAAGCCCAAAGGUCGACCCAAACCACGUCCAAUCAAGAAGACGCCAGUUGCAUCCUCGCCCACCUCCAAGCCGUCUUCCUCGUCAGACAAACUAACCUCCAAACGGGGCACCGCCGCUGCGAAGUCGAAAGCGUCCUCGGCCAAGGCCUUGGCAACGCUCGAAGAAGAGGCUGACGACGAGAUCAUGGUCGCGGACGACCCAGCGCCUGCAGAGAAGAGCGCGGUCGCGAAGGGCAAGGGCAAGGGCAAGGCCGCCCCCGCUCACGAAGAGGAGGAAGAGAGCCUGGGAAGUGAAGUCGAGCUCGUCGACGAGCCCGCCAAGACUAAGACGAAAGCCAAUGGCAAGGCGAAAGACCCGAAGGGCAAAGGCAAGGGCAAGUUAAUCGACCUGGACGAUGAUGACGCGGAAGAGUUCGAACCGCCAAAGAGGAAUCGCUCACCAGCAAAACCUAAGCCCAAAGCCAAGUCCAAAAACGACUCCACCAUCGAUGUGGACGACUCCGCCGACGAGCCCGAGCCGCCGACGAGGCGGCGCGGCCGCCCCCCGAAGAACAAGCCGGCGGAAGACCACGAACAUCUGGAUACCGCCAAACGCACCACCGCAGCGAGGUCUGCAAAGCGCGCGCGAGAGGAUAACCGAGGCUCGAAGGACGUGGACGGCGUUGAACCAGAGCCCGAGGCGGAGGACACCUCGUCUGCUCAGGUGAAGAAGAAAAAGCGGAAGAUCAA